CGCCCAUUCAGGGGCCGCAGAACCAUGGACGAGUCGCAGUGGUUCCGCAGCAUCCCAGACGAGACACGCCACUUGCAAUUUCUCAAAGAGGUCGUCGACCUUUUGCUAGAUGAGGUUGUCUUUAAGGUCAACCAGCGUGAGGAACCUGUCCUCAGGUGGAGGCUUCCUGAGGAGCUCCACGCUGCCCUGGACAUGCAACCUCGCGACCUUCCUGUCUCGCAGGAACAACUUUUGGCCGCCAUCAAAGCCACCGUCACUCUCAGCGUCAAAACUCGACACCCUUUAUUCGUCAACCAACUUUAUUCAGGGUUGGACCCUUACGGUCUGGCAGGACAGUGGGUGACCGACGCCCUAAAUCCAAGUGCUUAUACCUACGAAGUGGCACCGGUUUUUACCACCCUGGAGGAGGUGGUUCUAAAAAAUAUGCGAGCUUUAAUAGGCUACCCUGACGGUGCAGGAGACGGAAUUUUCUGUCCCGGCGGAUCUUUGGCGAACGGAUGCGCUAUGAAUUUGGCUAGAUUUAAAGCUUUUCCUUCCGUUAAAACGGAAGGACUCCGCAAACUUCCUCGAUUGGUCCUUUUUGCUUCAGAAGACGCACACUACUCCAUUCAUAAGAUGGCAGCCCUGCAAGGGUUGGGAGAGGCGGCUAUCAGGUCAGUAUCCUGCGAUGCUCAGGGCAGGAUGGACCUGAACGUUUUGGAGAGAGAACUGAAGCGUUCAAAAAAUGAUGGAGACCAUCCUUACAUGGUGAUUGCCACCGCAGGUACAACAGUGCUGGGAGCGGUCGACCCCCUCUCUGCGCUCGCUGACCUCUGCUCUGCCCACGGCCUGUGGCUGCACGUGGACGCCGCCUGGGGUGGAGGGCUCCUGUUUUCCAAAAAGCACCGCCACCUUUUGACCGGAAUUCAUAGGGCCGACUCGGUUACUUGGAAUCCGCACAAACUGCUGGCGGUGCCUCAGCAGUGCUCGGCACUCUUGGUGCGACAUCAGGGUUUACUCAAGUCUUGUCACAGCAAGGACGCAACCUAUCUUUUCCAAAAAGACAAAUUUUACGACCGCAGUCUUGACCCCGGAGACAAGUACAUCCAAUGCGGGAGGAGGGUGGACGUCUUUAAGUUUUGGCUCAUGUGGAAAGCAAAGGGUUCCUUGGGUUUUGGAAAGCACGUGGAUGAAAUUAUGGAUCUUUCACAAUUUUUGAUCGAAGAGAUAAAGAAGCGCAAAGACAGUUUUAAGUUGGUCCUGGAGGCCCCUGAUUUUAUCAACGUCAGUUUUUGGUACCUGCCAGCGAGCACUCGCAAUCUCGACCCUGCUUCCGAAAUGUACAGGAACAAGCUGCACGCCACGGCGCCGAAAAUUAAAGAGCGAAUGAUGAAGGCAGGAACAAUGAUGCUUGGCUAUCAACCCUUGCGCCAGUGGCCCAAUUUCUUCAGAUUCGUAACUCAAAACUCGGGAAUGACGAAAAAGGACGUGACUUUCAUGCUUGACGAGAUUCAAAAACUCGGCGCCGAUUUGUAAAUAAUAAUAAUAAUGUAACUGCUUGAAAAUAAAUAAAUAAUUUAUU